CAAUGGCAUCGACCUACUACCGUCACGUAACUUUGGUGUUACUCCUGCUGUGCAUCGUCACCAGCCCCACCGAAAGUCGAUACCGAGAAAAAUACCCCCCGAAAUCCAAACCCGCCCAGCUGAACCAGGUGCCCAUCCGCGCGACAAUGCAGAUGCCGCUGAAUCUCUGCUCCGAGGAUCGCAAUUUGAAACUGCUCUGUAACUGCAUUCCGGAAGACCCGCACGUGAAAGCACAGACAGCUAAAUGUUGGAUCUUUGGAGAGGAAAUACCUCGAAACGAUCCCGACUGGUUGAUAUUCCAAACGCAAAUCACACUGGAAACGUUGAAACUCACCGUGCAAAAGGGUGGCAACCUCUCAUACAUCCCGUCGGAUGUGCUAAUGAAGCUCAAGCAUCUCAAACAGCUGACGAUCGUGUACGGCACGAUAGAAAAUGUGCCCGAAUAUUCCUUCGGGAAUUUGACCGAGCUGCGAAACCUAACGCUGCACAAAAAUCAGAUCCGACUAGUGCACCCGUUUGCGUUUGCCAAUCAUCCCUAUCUGGAGGAGAUCCAUCUGCAGAAUAACGAAAUCAUUGAACUGGACAAGGAAGCACUGGUUAACCUGCCCAAGUUGAAGCGGCUGAAUUUGGACUUCAACAACCUGACGAUCCUGCACGGCGAUAUGUUUGCACAUUUGAUCAACUUGGACGAGCUGGACUUGGAAUCGAACCAGGUUUCGCUGCUGACGAGGGAAAGCUUCAAGGGACUGGGGAAUUUGAAGAUUCUAAAGCUGUCGGUUAACAACAUCGGGUAUAUUGGCGAUACGGUGUUUGCGGAGCUGUGGAGUCUGAAGGAGCUACACCUGGACAACAAUCACAUUGAGAAACUUUCGGCUCGUGCCUUUGACGGACUGAACAACCUGUACACGCUGAAUCUGGAGAACAACCGACUGACACGGUUGGAACGGGGUAUUUUCACCGGUGUUCCGGCGGUCCUGACGCUCAAUCUCAAGUCGAACCAGCUGGAGACGAUCACGUACAAUAACUUCUUACCACUGAUGGAUAACCUCGUCAACAACACCAACGUAUCGCUGCACGUGCAAGACAACCGGCUAGUCUGCGACUGCCGUCUGCUGUGGCUGUUCGAUUUGCGCAAUUCCACCAAAAACAAAAACCUCCGGAACACCCUGCAGCAGAUGGAAUGCCUGUACGAGCCGAAAGAUAACCGCGGACUGGUUCCCAACUCGAUCCAGAACCAAAUGAGUGACUUUUCUCGGCCACAUGACAUACUCGGAUACGAUGACAGCACCGACUAUGAAGACCCACUGCACCAUCAUCACGGAUCGUACGGACUGCAACCACCGCCGGUUCAUCGAAGUAGUGGUGUUGCCAGCAGCAGUAGCAGCAGUCAGCAAAUGAACCAUCACUUUCCGGCCCCGGUCAACGGAUAUCCACCGAUUCAGGAUCACUACGAUCGAAGCGUGGGCCCACCGGCAAAUCAACCCUUGAAAACCAUCAACGGCAAGCAGGUGGUGACGCUUAUGAAACUGCGGAAGGAGGACUUCCUUCCGUGUGUCAAGGACGGGCCCACUGAGCUACCACUGUCGCGGGAAUCGAUCGCAGUCGAUCCGGGCUCGCGGUCGUCGGUCAGUGCGUCUACCGAUUCCGGAGGUCCGACGCUGGGACGGAGUCUAGGCUCAGCCGCCGGGGUGUGUCUGCUGGCGGCGAUGUUGACCGCAGCAGUGUGUUAGCUUUAAGCUUGCUGGAGGGGAUGACGCUGGUAACUGAGAAAAAGUGAGGUAGUUAAUGAAUUUUAUAAGUAAAUUUAAAGUGCAUCCCAAGGAAUAAAAACGAUGCUAUGGGCAUUUAGAUGAACCUGUAACGUUCUCAAUGUGUACUCGUGGAGUAAGGCUGAUUGCGUGUAUAAUGGUUUCUGUGCGUGUGCGUUUAGUGGAUGCUAUCCAAAGUUAUGUUUGUGUUUGAUUUCUCAAUUUAGUUGUUCUGCGAAUUAGGCCAAUUGGAAUAUCGACGCUUGGUAGGAACUGAAAUCUAUUAGUUUUAAAUAGUUUACAGAUUAAUGGAGUGUGCAAUGUUCAAACCGUUCGGGAAGGUAUGAUUAAAAUAUGCUUCGAAUGAUUGAAACAGGAGGCGUAGUG